AUGCGUGUCCUCGAAUUCGACUGCGGGUUCAGUGUCUACCCGCCUCUCGACCCAAACGACCCAAACACCAUCGACCUCUACAACACUUACCUCACCACUCUAUCAAACAAAUUCGAAGGUCGAGUCGAACCAUCUGCUCUAAGCGCUGACAAGCGCAUUCUCAUCACCCCUGCCACCCCUCGUCUAGACCAUGCCGCCAUCUCUCCGACCAACGCAGCAGCAUUCUACUGCUUCAUGCUUCCCGGGCUUCCUAAAAUACCCGCCGACGCCACGCAUUGCGACAAGUUCCUAGGUUUCAGUCUUGCUUUCAGACACAACGCUAGUUGGACUAAAGAAACGGUUGAGGACUAUGUCAAGGAGGUGUAUAUGAUUACUGCCACUCAUUUUGGUAACAGGGUCAGGUACUGGCAUGGGCUUUAUGGCAGAAGAUCUAAUAAGCAGUGGGGAUAUUACAGUCGGGCUGAUAUUGAAAAUGCGGAGGAUCUGGUGAAGAAGGCUCUUGUGAGGAAGCCCGAUGUUAUGGACCGUGGAGAUGGGCAUAUCAUUGCUUGA